AUGGUGAGACGGCGAUGGCGGCUGGGUCUUGGAGGCCUUGGCCUUGGCUUUGGCCAGGCCAUGGCAAAGCCCAGGAAGCGGUAUGCACGUAGCAUGGUGGCAAAUGCAGACGACCUACUUCGCUGGUUUCCGAACGCCAGCCUGGUCGUCUUGAGGGGAGCUGCAGUUCAGAUUGGGAUUGAAGAGUUGGGUAUGGCGGAGGCUCUCCUCAACGGCAGUGAGCUGUUUCCGCAGGAUGCGCUUCAUUUUGGCUUCGGCAUCUACAACCCGUCCUUGGCCCAUGCAAAGCCCGGCUACCUCCUCGCUGUAUUCCGGGCUUCGAAUUGGCACUAUUGUCCAGAAUCAGGCUGGGAUGGAAAUUGGACUAGUGUCCCACACCACAAAGCACAGGUAACCCAAUACAACCAACCGAUACUGGCCACGCUGAAGCUGCCGGACUUGACAGUAGUUGAGGCGGUUCCUGUGGCCUUCCAGCGCGACCGCUUCCGGGCUCGCUUCCAGGAGGUGCAGGAUGGCAAAGUUCUUGCAGAGAGAUCCAUCGAAGGUCCGGAGGACCUUCGGCUUUACAAGUUUGAAGAGGACUACUGGCUGUCGUUCAGCUUCAGAACCUCCUACAUUGCAAAGCUGCAGACAAGGCUCUGCUUUGGGGAACGUGCACAUGGCUGCACGCCUGCUGCUUGGAUCGAGACUGGCACUCUAACAGAAAUCACUCCGGAGGCACUUCAUCGCCGAGAACACCGGGAGCAACAGGCUUUCAAGAAUUUGAACCUCGCUCAGGUCCGCAAGGAGUCCAUUCUCGUGGAGUUCUCCCUGAAUCCUCGUAUCAUGCUCGAGGUUGACUUGGCGUCGGGGCUCUGGCAGCAGGCAGAACAAAGCUGGCUGCAUUCCAGCUUUCAUGAAUGUGUCAUCAACGCGAACACCCGCUUUGCCUUUGCUUCCGACUUCGCAGCUUCUGCUGUGUCGGCCCAGUUGACUGGGGUGGCCUGGAGGUUAGCAUCGGGAUUGCGCACAUCAAGUCCAGAGCUCAGGGUGGAAGGGUUUGCCACGUUCAGAACCUCUGAAGUGCUCAAACCAGUUCGAGAUGAGCUCAACUUUGAGUCCGAACAAGUUAAUCAUGCUAAUCUCCUGCAGCUCCGCGAUGCCAACCUUUGCAAAUAUGCCAGCAUAUGCCAGCAUCGCAGCAGUGCACAAGCAUACAAGGACACAGGCGAUUGCAGGCACGUGGAUGCACACCGUGCUGGCAGAAUGUCCAAGCCGCCAAAGUCUCCAGCCAUGGCACGGAUCCCUGUGGGGAUGCGGAUGGGAGAUCUCCCUUUCUUUAACGCAGGUUUCGGCGUGCAAGAGCUGAAAGAUGCCGCGGUGGCGGCAGUGGAGCCGGGCUUCAUCACCUUCAAGAUGAAGGUGGGCCCGGAGCACGUCAACGCUCUACAGACUCUGCAUGGUGCCUUCUCCAUGCUCCUGCUAGACUGUCUCACGACGGUCGUUAUCAACCAGAUGGACCAGCGGCCCUCCGUCAGCGUCAACAUGACAGGACAGUAUCAAGGAGCCGCGAAGCUGGGAGAUGAGCUGACCAUCGAUUGCCGACUCGAAAAGGCUGGGAAGAACUUGGCCUUCGCAUCGAUGACGAUAAAAUCUGCAGACCACGUUGUGUUCACGGGCCAGCACACGAAGAUGCUUUUGCAAGCCAAGCUGUGA